CUUAUAAACAAUCCUUCAAAUCCAUUAGGUACUCUUCUUGACAAGGACACGCUACGAGACAUUGUAACGUUCAUCAACUCGAAAAACAUCCAUUUAGUAUGCGAUGAAAUCUAUGCUGCUACGGUGUUUGAUCAGCCUAGAUUUAUCAGUGUAUCCGAAAUGGUUGAGGAGAUGAUUGAAUGCAACACAGAUUUGAUCCAUAUAGUCUAUAGCUUGUCUAAAGACUUAGGAUUUCCAGGAUUCAGAGUUGGAAUUGUUUACUCGUACAACGAUACAGUUGUAAACAUUUCUAGAAAGAUGUCAAGUUUCGGGCUAGUUUCAACUCAGACACAACAUAUGCUAGCAUCAAUGUUGUCUGAUGAGAUAUUUGUUGAGAAAUUCAUUGCUGAGAGUUCCGAAAGGCUCGGGAAAAGGCAGGGGAUGUUCACAAAAGGACUAGCACAAGUUGGAAUUAGUACAUUGAAAAGCAAUGCUGGUUUGUUUUUCUGGAUGGAUUUAAGGAGACUGCUUAAAGAAGCAACAUUUGAUGGUGAGUUAGAAUUAUGGAGAAUUAUUAUUAAUGAAGUAAAACUUAAUGUUUCACCAGGAUGUUCAUUUCAUUGUUCUGAACCUGGUUGGUUUAGAGUUUGUUUUGCAAAUAUGGACGACGAAACGAUGAGAAUUGCAUUAAGAAGGAUAAGGAACUUUGUGCUUCAAACAAAGGGACUUAACAACAUUGCUGCUAUUAAGAAACAAUGCAGUAGGAGUAAACUUCAGAUCAGCUUAUCGUUUCGAAGAUUGGAUGAUUUUAACUCACCAGCUCACUCUCCGAUGAAUUCGCCUUUGGUUAGGACAUAAAGAUGAAGAAAAGAAUGGCUUAGAUUUGUUGUUGUUGUUUGUAUAAUAAGAGAAGGAAAAAAUUUCCUCUGUUAUAGUGAAGAGUGAUAGUUUUGAUGUAUACAUUUAGUGUUUGAUUAUACAAUUCAUUCCAUUUUGGAUUUUUAUCAUAUGAAUUUUUCUAUGUAACAUUGUAUCAAAAUGGGAUUCAAUGUGGAAUUUUAUUUGUAAGUUGUACCAAGAA